AUGAGUACUCUUAAGCAUUUUUAUAUUUCUUAUAAAAUGAAGAAAUAAAAGGUGACUGGAGGUUAAUUCCAUGUGGAGAGGUAGGACCUACCUAAUUAUGCUCGAUUAAGGCUGUACCCCUUUUCAGUAGGCUUUUGAGUUUGGGAUGCCUGAUGAAGAGGUAGUUCUAUUUCUCCUUGAUGGGUUUUCAGUCCCAACCAGAUGGGUGUACAACCACUUAGUUUUUGUCUAUUGGGACUAGCGGGACAGCCUCAAAGGGUUUGUCUAACCUAGAAACUAUUUCUGGAUAAGCUGGAUCUACAUAGAUAGUCAGGUUGCAGUUCACAUCUAACAAUUUGACUUUAAUUUAUAAAAUGAAAAUUAUUAUCGACUGUAGAAAGAUAGGAACAUUCUCAGAUAUUGAGAUAAACGAUAACCUGCCAUUAUUGCAACAAAUCAUAUCCUAUCUGGAUAGCCUAAGUAUUGAUACAUCUCAAGCUCUUGUUGUCUAUGGAGGGAAACAAAUUAAUCCCGAACUUACAAUUUUGAAUCUCCCAGGACUAAGUAACACUCCAAAAUUUCUUGUGUCUAAGCGUACAGUCCGCAAUAAUGGCCCAAAUGUCAUGCCUCAGGCCCCACCUCUGUAUGAGUCUCAGCCUAAUCCGGAACCCCAGCCUCAAAUUGCAGUUAAUAGUAAUCAUGAAAAAAUCGCAAACAGCGAUUUAGAAAGUGAUGGUGAAGAAAAACCGAUCCCAAAUUCAAGCAAAAAAUGCAGCGCUGCACAAGAUAAAAGUUUAAACAUUGCACAAGUAAAAAAUGCAAGCUGUGCGCAAAAGAAAAGUGCAAGCACCAUGCAAGAGAAUAGUCCAAGCAGUGCACAAGAGAAAAGCCCAAACAAUAUACAAGAUGAUACCAAUUGGGAUUGGAAACUUGCACAAUUAAUGGAAGAAGGCUAUGAGUUUGAAGAUGCAUAUAAGGCUCUACAAGAAUAUGAUGGUAAUCUCGAGGAGUCAAGAAAAUACUUAAAAGAGUUACAUGUUCCAGAAGAUGUUCCAGAAGAGCCACCAAGCAGCACAAAUGAUGAUGCUACCAUAUUAGACAAUCUGCUUAAAAGCAAGGAUCCAACAAUUGUAGACUUAAGGGCGAAAAUAAGGAACGACCCCGGGUACAUUUGGCAGUGGAUUGAAAAUUUAAAAGAGCAAGGUCAAAAGGUUUGAAUUGACUUUUUUGAAAGAAAUGCUUAUAUAAUAGUGGAUGCUAUAUUUGAUUCUCCAGAAGAAGUAACACCAAAGCCUCCAAACAAGCCACUCCUGAAAGAAAACAAGCCACCGCCUGCCGAAUCAAAACCACUAAAAAAGCUAGAUGGCAUUGAAUCAGAUUCAGACAUGAGUGAUGUGAGCUUUGACAGCAAUGAUUCUGAGUUAAAUGAGAUAUAA